AUUUGCCAUAGGCCCCCUGUGCCAGCUCCCACUGAGCCCCACCUCCUGGGGUGCGAGGGGGAUGGGGAAGCGAGGGUAGAGAGCAGGCAGCUAGGAGGGUCCCGGGGUUGCCCAUUGCUGGGGAGGAGCGAGCCAUUCAUUUCUAGCUUCCCACCAGCCCUCUUUCCCUGGGAUCUUUAUUUUUGUUGGGGGUGGGAAGAGGGCAACAGAGGUGGAGAGAGAAGCGUGACAGGCAGGUGGGGAGUCUCAGGCUGGUUUUUGCGGUGUGGGGGGGAAAUAAGCCACUUAAAAACAUACACAUUUUCCAGCUUCUAAUAAACCUAGUUUUCCUGAUUUAUUUUUUACUUGGGGCAGGAUUAAACGUGUAUAUUGAUGUGUGGGAGAGGUCGGGGUCGUCUCUGGGGAAGAGAGUUGUGGGAAAUUAAAACAAGACACUUUAAAAAGCCUUUUCUCAGCUUUAUAGUAAACCAAAUUUCCCUGGCCUAGGAAGGGAGAGGAAAGGGGGUCAGAGACAAGAACGCAGGACUAGAACUGAAUAUUGAAAGUAGUUAUAGCAAAUAUUAAUUAAUACAAAGGCAGAAAAGAAGCAAUCACAGGCAAAAAGCAAGCUGUGUGAUGACAUUAAGCAUCUUCAGAUAACCCUAUUUUAGUGGGUUAGUUAUAUUUUGGGAGCUUAUUUUCUGGGGGAAGUCAGAUUUUUAAUUUUUUAAUAUUUAAAAAGAAUGUAGGAAGAUACAGGUGUGCAGCGUGGGGAAGAGCCUUAAAGUUGAACAGCUGUGUGGCAAGCCAGUUUUCUGAAAAUCUAACACCCAAUUUCUAAAUUUCCUGCUUUUGGAGAGGGAUCUGUUCUUUGGGGUAAAAUAGUAUUAUGAGAAGAGUGUGUGGGGGGGAAGACAAGCACUAAAAGUAACUGUCACAAUUAAAAAUAAAGAAGUAAGUGUAGGUUGAAUUUUCAAGUAUUUUGCAGAUUCUAAUGACUUUUUUCUUGGUUAUUGUGGUAGAGUCUCUAACUUAAAUUUCCCAGAAAUUUAGUUAGUUAUAAUAAAAUUAGAACAAAAUAAAUUGGGAGCAGAGGAAAGUAGACGAAACCUCCUUUUUAAAACGAGAUCCACUCUGUAUUUGCAAGAGUGGCAAAGAAGCUACUGAUAAUAAGGAAACAGACUAGUAUCAAAGCUUUAGAAAAAUGAUGUUUUUAAAAGAAAUGACCUAGAGGGUGCAGGACAGAUUUUGGCUUUUCCCAUCCUCCCCUCCCUUUUCUCUGUGGGGUGAGGUAGAUGGAGAGAUUUUUGGCAUUGGAGUUAUUAGGAAAAUUCUUUAGGCAAGUCUCCCUUCUUUAAUAUAACAUCUGAUGAUCUAACUUUAGAAGUUUGGCUUCCCUGACAGGAGAGCCAUAUUGUAAAAUCAUUCACAAAGAGUUUAAGCUGUUGGGUUUUUUGUUUAUUUAAAAAGUAAAAUAAAAGGGAGGAAUAGAAGACUCUUUAAAAAAUUCUUGUUCAGCCCCGUGUUCGAAUCAGUGCAGUAGAGCGGAUGUAAACAAGACAAGAAGAGCUUCAAAGUAAGGAUUGCAGUGCUGGGAACAGCCCCCCAAUCCUCUGGAAUUGGGUGGCACGUGGUGGGAUUGGCCAUCGUGCAGGAUGGACACCUUGAAAAGGAGUCGAGCGCAAGCCUGGCCGGAGGAGACGGGGGACAGGGAGCAUGGACUCUAUAGUUUGCACCGCAUGUUUGACAUUGUGGGCACUCACCUGACCCACCGGGAUGUACGUGUGUUGUCCUUUCUCUUUGUGGAUGUGAUUGAUGACUACGAGAGGGGGAUGAUCCGCAGCGGCCGGGACUUCCUGCUGGCCCUAGAAAGGCAGGGCCGCUGUGAUGAGACCAACUUCCGCCAGGUGCUGCAGCUGCUAAGGAUUAUCACGCGCCAUGACCUGUUGCCCUAUGUCACGCUGAAGAGGAGAAGGGCCGUGUGCCCAGACCUCGUGGACAAGUACCUAGAAGAGACGUCCAUUCGUUACGUGAUGCCCCGAGCUCACAGCAACGCAGAGCAUGGUCUCACCCACCCCCACAAAUCAGUGCCUCCCCAUCACCCUGUGGUCUGCCGCUCUUCCGCUGGACCUCCGAUCUGUACCAAGAGGCCUGGCCGUGGGAGAGCCCUCCUCAGUAGCCAGCAUAAGAGGAGGAAGUCAAUGACGCCAGAUCCUAAAGAGAAACAGACUUGUGACAUCCGCCUGCGAGUCCGAGCCGAGUACUGCCAACACGAGACGGCGCUCCAGGGCAACGUCUUCUCCAAUAAGCAGGAUCCCCUGGAGCGGCAGUUCGAGCGCUUCAACCAGGCUAACACCAUCUUAAAAUCCCGGGACCUGGGCUCUAUCAUCUGUGACAUAAAAUUCUCAGAGCUCACCUACCUCGACGCCUUCUGGCGCGACUACAUAAACGGCUCUUUGCUGGAGGCCCUCAAGGGCGUCUUCAUCACGGACUCACUCAAGCAAGCCGUGGGCCACGAGGCCAUCAAGCUGCUGGUCAAUGUGGACGAGGAGGAUUAUGAGGUUGGGCGCCAGAAACUCCUGCGGAACUUGAUGCUGCACACGGCUCCUUGACCCUCCCCCGGGCUUGGCCUUGGCUGCUGUUUCGGAGCCAAUCGUUUUGUUUUUUUUAAAAAGGAAAAAUCAUUUAAAACCCACCAACCCCCUCAGUAUCCUCCUGCCAAGUAUGUGUAACUGUAGGACCUGCCUGAGCGGCGGGAGGGCUGUGCUGCCACUUAACCAGCUCUCUGGUGGUCCCAGCCUGGCCAAGAGCCCAUGAUACCUGAGGCAACCCAGAGAGCAAGUCCCGCUCUGCUCCAGGAGUCUGGCCGAAGGAUGCUGAACCACCCAGCGGUAGGAAGGGAGCAGCCGGCAGGAGCGCUGGGUGCUCACAUGUUCUGUCCUCUCCUCCCUCUGCCUCGGGUUCCUUUGUGCUGGUUUUUCUUUUAUACGGUCUUUUUAAAAAAAGGCAAAAGUGUCUUGUGGCGGCGGGGCCCCGUGCGUGUGGGGGACGUGGGGCGGAGUGGGCCGGGGAGGUGGGGCUCUGGAUUAUUCACUUUAAUAAAAAUGAGCGAGCGCAGAGGGAGCUGUGUGCGUGUGGCGUGAACAGCAUGCGCGGGGGGGGGGGGGGGGGGCCUGUGGCAUUGGCCUUCCAUUGAUGGGAGCCUGUUUCCACCAGUCCGCUUAGCACUCAAGUGGCGCUCAGCAGGCGAUCUGGCUGGGUGUGCCCUUAACCAGCGUGGGAUGCUGAGAGGGAGGCUGAGCUAAGGUGAUGCUGGCGUGGCCCUGUGGCAUCGUCUGCUCUAGGCCGGGCUGGCUUGUUUCAGGGGUAACAGCUGCACCAAUGGAGCCCGUGCUGAGCUAACAGUGGGGUCAGUGUUCCCUUCUCCCAGUUCCCAGCCUGCGGGCCUUUGUUAUCCCCUUCCCAACAAUCCCUGCCAGGCCUCUGACCCCAGAGAGGAACAAGGGGCUCCCUGCUGCUCUGAUGCAUAGAGCUGGUUCAGCCACACCUGCGCUCCCCCCAGAACUGUGAGAUGCUUGUAGGCCCACCAGAAGAGUUCUGCACAUGGAGAUGGGCAUCCUCACUCCCUUUGCCUGCAUGGUGGGGAGGCAGUUGGGCAGGGGCAGUGUCACGGCAGCAGGGCCUGGGGUGGGGAGUGCCCAACGCUGGCCCAUGUCACAGAUGAUGCUCCAGCAUCUCCCUCUUGCUACUAUAAGGCCAGGCCCAGUGGCGGUGCAGUGGGGUUGGCUGCGUCCCCUGGACUGUGCAGCGGGAAGGAUGCAGGGGGGCAGGUUCCAGAGUAACACUUUGGCACAGGGUCCAUUCCCAAUUGGGAAGAAGGUGGCUCCUGUUUGAUCCUACCCCAUAACGGGUUUGUGAGUUGAAUUUGUUCCCCCUACCCAGAUGUACGGGCUCCUGCUGGGAACCUAGAUGUGGGGAAAAAUCCAAUCGGGCCACUCAGGGUGGUACUGCCGGUUUGCUCCUGGUCAGCUGCUUGGCGCUGGGUCUUGUCUGUCUGUUGCUGGCACCGGCCAUCCCAGGAGGAAGGAGCUGCUCCCAGCAGGUGCCAGUAGGAGCUGCUGUCCUGCAUUAGGCCCUGUCUAGUUACAGCCUGGGGCCAGCAAGCUGUUCAUUUGCAAAAUGCCUGGCACCUCAGCGCUGCUGUAAUACAAACAGUCUCAGAACUGGCCCUCUGCCUGCCCCUCCCUUGUGAUCCCACAGCUGAGAGAGACCCCUCGCCCAGCAUGGGGACUGAGCUGGAUAAAGCAAUGACAUGCUAGGGGCUGUGGUCCAAGCACCUCCCCCCACUGCACACAGGACACCAGAGGCCACUGAGCAGGCUGGGGUUGGUGGCUGGCUUAGCUGCAUAUUUUAAAUUUUGGGAUGACAUUUGUUACCUUUUGGUAACAGGGCUUGUUCCCUCCUCUCCCCUUCUCCUGUUGAGCCCAGAACUUGGUGCCAGGACAGACACAGCCACUUAGAUGCCCACUUUGUAACAUGUCAGGGACCCAUUGGGCCUGAGGCCAGACCUGGAGGCUGAGUGCGUUUGUCAAUGAAAUGGUCACUCUGAGUACAAUCUUCCAGGGGCAAGGAGUGCAUUUUAAUUGGAAAAUUCUCUUCCUCCCCAGUUCUUUUCCUGGUAACUCAAGUAAACACCCAAGGAUUUAGGAACCGCAAAUCUAAAGCAGUUCCACAGAAUUCCACACAGUUAAGGGAGAACAAAUGGGUCAGAGGGUUAUUUUUCUGGAUUUGAUUUUCUUCCCACCCUCCCAAAUCUCUGCUGAGCUGCAGGAUGUUUUCCUUGUCAGCCCAGAUCUUCAAAGGUAUGUUAGGUGCCCAACUCCUAAGGGGAGAGACACCUCAAUACUCUUGAGGAUCUGUGCUUUGAAAGAUGGAAGCCAGAUCAGUGCACCUGGGGUGGAGGAAUGUUUGUUAUGGGUGGCUGCCUCCCUACCCAGGCAUGGGAAGAGGGAUAAGAAAGAGGGUGUUGUGCUUACCAAGUCCCUCUCCAAUGAAGAUGGCAUGUGAUAGCCCUGCGGGCUGCAACCCUCAUGCCUCAAUGGGAUUGUUUGGGGUGUGUGUGUGUGUUGAUGCAUUUUCUAUCCACAGGUUCUCUCAGUGGAGAGCGUGUAGACCCCUUCCCCUACCCCCGCACACACCUCCCUGUUUAAGGACAAUUCUGGCACAAACUGUAAUUUCUGUGACUUCUGUAUUUUUUAAACUUCCAAUAUAACAGUCAUAAUCCCCAUGUAGCUUUCAGUUUUCUUGAAAUAAACAUCUACUGCAUCU